AUGACUUAUAUAAUUAUAAUAAAAUAUCAAAAGUCUAAAUUUUACACAAUGAAUAACUUAAUAUCUCUAGCAGACACAAUGUUGGCUGCUGAUGAUCUGAUCUCAAAUAACAAUAAUGAGAUGAGAAAUAGUAGAACACAACCAAUAGUUAUUAAUAGGUUGCCUGCUAAUAAUUUGCAAAUUACACCAACCAAUUUGAUCCAAAAUCCACUACACCAAUUACAGUCUAAUCCACCAACAGGAACACCAUCUCAUUUGUUGAACAAUCCACCUAUAGGUGGAUUAGCUAAUCCAAUACCAUUCAAUCGACCAAUGGAAACACCAUCUAUCAGUUAUCCACCAAACCAAAUGCAAUUCUGUCAGCCUAUUAAUAGCAGAGUUACAACUCCAAACCAGUUACCUUCCAAUAGUCAAGCUCGAGGAGGUGUACCUUUAAACCAAAACAAUCGACCUUUUGUUCGACCAGCUACAACAACAACAACAACAACAACAACGGAGAAUGGUUGCUUUAGCCACUUUAGAGUUGUCGAGAAGGAGAAAAAAGAACAAGUUCGAAAGAGUUUCCAACUCAAAAAGUGUUUAGAGAGUUUCUAUGAAAGAGCUAGCAGUAGAUACAGAUGCAGGUUGUGUACUGAACAUACAAGGCUUUUUAUAAGUAUAUACACAGUAGAGAGACACAUAGAGGAUGAGCACAAAGCAAUAGUUGAUGAUACGAUGGCAAAUAUAUGCUUUGUUGAGACCCUUGCAGGAUCUCAGCGCAACCGAGAUGGAGUUAAGAUGAAGAGAUGCGAUCAUCUUAAUUGUGGAAUGUUGGUCGAUGAACCAAACUUUAGUCAACACUAUAGUUCCAAUCACCAUUGUCAUCGACCAGAUGAGAAAUCAAAUUGCGUUAGAUGUAAAGCGGUCGAGAGGAAAGCUGAAAAGCAAACUAUUGAGGAACUAUUGAAUAUGAGUGCAACAACGGUUAAGUAUACUUACAAUAAUCUAUUAGAUAUAUCUGUGCGUGACAUGGCAAGAACCAAGCUAGUUUAUCAAAUUCCAGAUGAAAAAUGGAAAGACUAUUGCAUUGAAAUGAAAUGCGAUACGAAAUACUAUUCACUUACUAGAAUAAAGAAGUACAUUAAAGAGAUUAGUUCGAAAUACAUGAAGGAGUUAUCACAAUCUGAGGUGGGAACUUACCUGUCACUUCAAAACAGCUUGGCAUUGGUCAUAGAAAUGGAUAUACAAAGAGGUUACGACACAGGCGAAACAGUAUCAAUGGAAGUCAAAGGUGAGAUGAAGGAUGUAACACCAAAGCUAUUUAGGAUUGGUUUGGAUAACGCCAAAAUGAAUAAGAACAACAAGUUCUCCCAAGAGAUUGGUGUGCUGCAAUCAAUAUCCAUAAAUAAGCCAGUUCCUGUUCUCAAAUCUCCCAACGAUGGUCUAAUGUUUCUUGUUUAUCUUGGUGACGAAACCUUCUCUGAACUGAAACAACAGUUAGCUAAAUUAAAUCAGGAAAUUAAAGAAUUAGAAUCAAAUAAUAAUAUAUUCAUUUAUAAAGAUAGAUAUUACCAAAUAGACUUACUCUACACAUUCGAUUUGAAAUGUUGGCUCACGGUGAUGGGUCUUGGUGGUCUAUUUCAUUGGAACUCGACAUUCAGGUGUCCUACUUGCUUAGGUACUGGUUCAUCUGGAAAAGUGGAUCCUGACACUCAAGAGAAGAUCGACCAUUCUACAAUUGGGAAUGUUGCUGGAUUCUUUGAGCCACGCACUAGAGAGCUUAUGAGGAAGGAAGGGCAGAGAGUCAAGGAUAAGCUAGAAAAGUCUAAAGCCAAAAACCCAAAGGUCGAAAUGAAGAGCUUCUCUGGUUUGGCUGCAGAACCGAGUCUUGACAUUGAUCCAACUAAAGUUCCACCAGACACGUUACACAUGAUCAUGUCCAUUGUUAAGACUGUUUUUAAACCGAUACUACUGCUAUGUGACACCAAUGAAACCUUACGUAAAGACAUCGAAGACUUCCUCAAGUGUAAGGCUAAACUGACAUUGAUAACGGUCUCACCAGGUACACUCUUGCAUGGACAGCCUUAUACAUUCUAUGACCGAUUCAAACAGUCAGCUGUUAACUAUAUGGAAUAUAUAAAUAUCUUGAUCAAUCAAGAUAUUCUUAUUAAGACCUUGUCGAAUCAUUCUGUAUAUAAUAAUGAUAAGUUAGAAUUGAUAAAGAAAUAUUGGAAACAACUUCAUUGCUUAAUAUCUUGCAUGAUAUCUGAUGAACCUGUCAAAGAAUAUCAAUGGAGAUAUAUGUCAUCACAAUUUGGUUCCAAUUUAAUUCUUGCUGAUAUUAAGAUAUCGACCUAUAUGCAUAUUUUCAUUGUACAUGUUGGAUUUUUUUUGGAGAGAUAUGGCAACUUGGAGAGAUUCGCUACAUUUUGUAUAGAGUAUCUCCACAAACCACAACAACAAGAGCAACAACAAGAACAACAAGAACAACUACAAGAGCAACAAGAACAACAAGAACAGCAUCUAUCAACCUCAUUUCCACCACCAAUAGUAAGAGAUGUCAGAGAAUCUAAAAGAAGAAAGAUGUUUGAUGAUAGAAUAGAAAAACUAAGACAAAUGAUACAGCAACAAUCAUCAACAUUAAUGCAACAAAAUGUAGAUGCUUUACAAAGAGUGCUUGAAGAACAAGAAAAACAACAACAACUAUCAGAAGCAAAAAAAAUAACAAAAGAUCUAACAUAUCAACUAAUUGAACGAUCUAUCAACAUGUUUUUCAUCAACAACGAGGAAAAUAGUGGUAACGUUAAUGAAAGUGAUCAUGCUGCACUGAGACGUCAAUGGGAAGAGUUGAGAAAGAUAGAGAAAGAUAGACAGCGAAAUCAACAUUUCAAUGUGUCCAAUUUUAAUUUAAAUAGUUUAUUUGGAAUAGAGUCAAUUGAAGUUGCUCCAACAGAUUUCAACUGUAAACCAAAGUUUCUUUUAAAAAAAGAUAAUACAUAUAGAGUUGCAUUCAAAGAUGAAGUAAUUGCUAACUAUUACAGUGUUGAUUAUAUUACAAGACAAAGUGCAACAGAAAGUAUAUCGAAUGAUAGAAUGGUAGAAGGUAGAUAUCAGUUCAGCCGAAGGCCAGCUGAGAUCACAAUAAUCCAAAAUUAUCAACUUGGCCAAAGAGGCUUGGAAGAUUAA